AUGAACCAAGACCCCGACUGUUGCCCUUCUUCCCCCUCUGGAGUCACAGUUCUGGAGUGCAGUUCGAGUUCGGGAAGUCUGCAUCUGGAUGGACUGCAGCAGGAAGAUGGCCAGCCAGAUUCUUCCACCUAUAAACUCACGAAUGUGAAUUGUGAAAGCUUCAACAAAUCGUGGGUUACGAUUAAUGAGUGCCGCUUGAAGGCGAUGAGCAGAAAUAGAACUGUUUUUAAUUUUAAUGCCACAUUUCAUCAUCCUGCUAGCCACAUUAUUCAAGACUAUAGAUAUUUUAAAAGGGAGAAUGGAUAUAAGCCAUGGCUGUACCGAAAAAAAAUCGACGGCUGUCGAUUUUUAAGGAAGCCCUAUGAUGCGUUGACGAUAUUGAUAUACAACGCUUAUAAGCCCUUUUCAAAUAUCAAUCACACGUGCCCAUUUAAAGGUGAUAUUCUAAUAAGGGGAAUGUAUCUCACCACUGAGAUUAAAACUCUUCCGUAUCCAACCGGCGAAUAUAUGGUGCAAUUGAACUGGCUUUUCUAUCGGAAAGUUCAGUUUGUAACCAACGUUAGUUUCCAAUUCGUAGAAGAUUUCUUUUGA